UUUACGAGGAAGUAGCAGUUUCAAAUAGAAGAAAGUUUAUGACGUAGCUAGCAUGCUUUUCACCGAUAAUGAUAUAUUCAACGACGCGGUGUCGCUUUCCGCGGACCAAUAUGAUGCAAUCGCUGCUAUGAAUUUCAACGGGACUUUGGCAUCCUAUUUGGGAGGACGAGUACUGAUUCUAAAGACAUUCUCAGGAGAAUCGGUAGAAGUUAUAGAUGAACCGAAAUCGAAUAAAACGAUAGAUAUAAUCGAUGUGAAAUUCGUUCAAGUCGCUUUCUGUAUUCUUUACACAGUUAUUUUCGUACUUGGAGUCUUCGGCAACGUACUAGUUUGCUAUGUCGUCUUCAGGAAUCGUGCUAUGCAAACAGUGACUAACCUUUUCAUUACUAAUUUGGCAUUAUCUGAUAUAUUACUAUGUGUCUUUGCGGUACCUCUAACGCCGAUGUACACUUUCAUAGGGCAAUGGGUGUUCGGCAGACUCCUUUGUCAUCUGAUGCCUUACGCGCAAGGCACCAGCGUAUACAUAUCAAGUCUAACCCUCACUUCUAUCGCUAUAGAUAGAUUUUUUGUUAUCAUUUAUCCUUUCCAUCCGCGGAUGAAACUCAAUACUUGUAUCUACAUAAUAGUAUUUAUUUGGUUAUUCUCUUUGAUUGUAACAUGUCCAUAUGGCCUCUUUAUGGGCAUACAAAUCAUAUACAACAAAACAUACUGCGAAGAAAGUUGGCCAUCAGAUAAAUCUAGAAAAAUAUUUGGUGUUUUUACAACUGUACUUCAGUUUCUAAUACCUUUCUUAGUAAUAGCUGUCUGCUACACUUGUGUUAGUAUAAGACUUAACGAUAGAGCACGAUCCAAGCCCGGUGCAAAGAAUACUAGAAGAGAGGAAGCCGAUAGAGAUAGAAAAAGACGAACGAAUAAAAUGCUGAUCUCUAUGGUGGCUAUAUUCGGCAUAUCUUGGUUGCCACUAAAUAUUAUAAAUAUAUUUAACGAUUUCUGCGCUCAAAUGAAUGAAUGGAAUUAUUACUUUUUAUCGUUCUUCCUGGCACAUUCCAUGGCGAUGGCAUCGACUUGCUACAAUCCAUUCCUUUAUGCAUGGCUGAAUGAAAACUUUAGAAAGGAGUUCAAGCAAGUUUUGCCGUUCUUCGAAUCGACGGGAGGCGUCAGGAACAGCUACCAUUCCGGUCGAAUGCCCACAAACAAAUCUGACAGGGUGUGUAACGGCAAUGAAACAAUUCAGGAGACUUUAUUAGGCUCGUCAUUCAAUAGAGGGCCGUCGUUCAAACAGAAAGUACUCGAGGGUAAUGGAAAAAAGGACAAUGGCGUCGAAAUUGAAAAUAUAAUUUUAGAAGAUAAAACAGUAUCUGCCUCCUUCAACUCAAGAAGCGAGAAUGUAAAUUUACAAUUAAUAGACGAAGAAUCGAGAUUUACAGAAUUAAAUACGAAACAGGAGAUAUAAAUGAAACUCCUAUCAAUUUCUCAUAGUCGAUGACGUCGGUGAAAAUUAUAAUAUGUAAUUAUACUUGACAACUUAAUAAGUAAGGUUUUCCCUGAUACAUAGCAUAUG